AUAAUAUUCCUACAUUUGUUACGUUAAAGCGGGAAAUUUGCUAAUCUUGCAAGAAAUUUUAAUUAUAAACAUAGAGAAAAAAUAGUUUUUAUUUACACAUUUUAACAAAAAAUCGAGUUUUUUUUAGAAUGGGAGAAAGCGUGGUUGAUAUAAGUGUUAGCAAUGGUGUACAAAAUUCUGUAUCAUUUAAGAGCUUGAUAGAUGAUGAAUCAGACAAUGAAUCUGAAAUGAAUGAAAACAGCCUUUCGGAUGCAAACAAAUAUGUUUCUCGCGAAGACACAAACGAAUUGACCAACGUUGAAGAUGAAACUCAUUUGGAUGAUGGUUCAGAGGACGAACAUGGCAACCAUUCUGAACAACCUGAUAUGCAAGCGUUACAAAGUCGACAGCAACGCUUACAAAGGGAAGCUCAAUUUAGUGUUCCAUAUCACAAGCCAAAGAGGUAUACUUUACAAGAAUUUCUUAGUCGUCGCACCAUAAUCAAACCCUCAGAGACCGUAAAAAGAAAUACAUUGUCUGAAAGUUUGGGAAAGUCGAGGAGCUUAAAAAUGUCGAAAGAGGAAUUGGAGAUUUAUUCCAAAUUAAUGGAGGAAAGAGCUAAAGAAGCGUCUGAAUUUUUUCAAGGGGAGAAUGCUGAUAAAAUAAAUGAAAGAACUACUGAAGAUAACGAAAAUGGUGAUACUAUUAAAAAUACAUCAGACAAAAGAAAAAUUGGCGGUUCUACACCCACACAAAUUCAAGUCCAAAAUUUAAGUAAAGAUUGUGGGGACAAACCUUCAUCGAAUGUUGUAAUAACUGAAAUUGUAGAACUUCCCAAAUUGGACAUAAAAGAUUUGGCGAAGGAUUUCAACUUAAGCGAAAUUGUAAAACAAACCGCCUUGCCUAAACAACAUACAUUUUCAUUAAGCCAUAAUCCAGGCGUUUCCAAUAUUUUAAACUGUGGACCUACAUUAAAAGACAAUAUAAAUAUCACAUUCGAUUUUAUAACGAGGGAAAAUGAUGCUCCUAGAACAAUUAGCAGGGCAAAUAGUUUACUAGAAAGACUUAUGAAGACAAAUCCCUGCCACAAAUCAAAGAAAACUAUAGACAGCCCCAAAUGCAUAUCAAAAACGUUAAUUGAUGAUGCAGAACCUUCUUUGAAUAAAAAACCAGGACAAUCUUUUUUAAAAUUGAAGGACAGCUUGAAAUCCAUUAUUUUGGAUAAACGUAGGGAAGAAAUAAAGAAAAAGCAGUUGGAAGAAAAUAAAAUGAAAAAUUUGGAUGAUGAAAUAGAUUUGGAUGAACCGAAAAAUAUAGAUGAUUCGUUAGAACAAGAAGAUGAAUUAUCGCACAAUAGCUCCGACAACUUUGAUUGUGAGCCCGACUGUGAAUCUAUAAAUGGAGAAGAAAGUGAAGGCGACAUUCAUUUGGAUAAAGAUUUAUUUCAAAAGCCAUUAGUGGAUUAUGAAGAUGAUCAAGCUACGGAAGAAAAAAUGCGAUUGGAACUUCAUUCUGAUGACUCUAAUAAUGACACUCAUCUGCUAAGUCCAGCAGCCAUUAGCCAAGUACCUGCCACACAAAUAUGUAAUGCGGAAGAGGAAGCAGACCAACUAAUGACUUUAUGUUCUGGCACUUUUGAAACUCAGCAUACUAUUGUACCGAACAUAGAACCUAAUCCCAAUAAAAUCAUUUCAUCUGAUGACGAAAGUUCCUCACUUUCAAGCAAUGAAAUUAAGCGAUCUAAAAAGUUUACUAAAAAGAUUAAGAAAUCCAAAAUGAAGUUGGGGUUUUCCGAUGAUGAGGAAGAUGAAGAUGAUAAGUCUGAAGGAAGUGUUGAUGCCGUUAAUGAACAUAUAUCCCAUAAUGAUUUACCUGCUACUUACAUUGAUUAUGAUUCGGAAGAAAAUGAAAUAACAGUGGAGUUAACCAAAGAAGAUUGCUUAAAACAAGCAGAAAAUUUCUUUGAAAAAGAAGCCGAACUAUCGGACUCGGAAUGGGGUAGCGCAGAUGAAGAUGAAAAGAAUUUGGAUCAAUAUGAUAUUGAACUAGGGGAUGAAGACGAGUUUGACAAGGAAGAAGUCAGAGCGCAACUGGAGAAAAUUCACGCGCGUAAAAUGUUAGACGAGGAUAUUCGACAAGUAAAUAAAUUACAAGAGAUUCUUUUUGAGGAUGAAGAAGAAGCUGCUCAACGCCAACGUAAAUUUCGAUGGAAAAACUUUGACACCUCCUUCAAUAUUGAAAGUUGUCAAAACAACUUAACCGAAACAAAGCCUGAAGAAGGUAGUGAUGACGAAAAUGAGCACUUAUGGAGGAAAAUACGAUUUGAACGCGAACAGGCCAUAAAGAAUCAAUCUUUGAAUGAUAGUUCGCUUGAGGCAGGUACCUCUAUUAAUACUUCCAAAUCAAGUGAAAUAAAAAAUGUCACAGUUGUAAGUGUGUCUAAAACCAUGCUUGGAGGGUCAGAAGUAAAAGAAAAAUCACCAUUUUUGAUAUCGAAAGAGUGCAUUAAAUCCGAAAGUGCCAAAGCCAGAAGCUCAUUUCUAUUACGAAAUAAAAAGGUAUUAACGAAAACAAUUUGUUCUGUCAAAACUGGUGGUAUUGAUGGAAAUACAUCUCCUGAUAAAGUAGGUGUUAAAUCAACAAAUUCCAAUAAAUUUGUUUUCACAACUUUAACUUUUGAAGAACAUGAGAUUCUAAAGAGAAAGGCUGAUGAUUCAAAUGCCAUUGAUAUGAAAGUAAUUAAAAAACCCCGAACCGAAGAGAAGAAGGGGGAAUAUUUGAUAGACAAAUUGUUGUAAAUGUUAAUGUAAUAGACUUUGCAAUUAAGAAAAUAACUGCAAUAAUUAUUUUUAUAAAAGACUCA